AAUGUCAUAAUCCAUCCAAUCCAUUUUCAUUUAGUCUGUUUCUAAAUAAAAACAACUGUUUAGUAAAUAGCUCAAUCAAGAUUUCAAGUGUUUUUCCCUUACUGCAUCAAUAUAAAUUUAGGUUCUACAAAUAGCUAAUUGCGACAUGCCUAUUUAAUACAUUUUGGCUUUCUUCACACAAUUCGCAAGGUUAACUUCUCCGUAAAUGGAAUGGAACUUUGAAGACUACCACUAAUCAUGGACUUAAUCAGAAGAUCAUGGAAACUACAGGAAUUUGUCGCCCACAAGGCGAAUGUCAACUGUUUGGCCAUGGGGCAUAAAUCCAAUCAAGUUCUAGCCACUGGUGGCGAUGACAAAAAAGUUAAUCUAUGGGCCAUUGGCAGGCAAAGUUGUUUGAUGAGUUUAAGUGGGCACACUACCCCAGUAGAAUGUGUGUGUUUUGGCCACUCUGAAGAUUUAGUCUGUGCCGGCUCACAGACUGGAGCUCUGAAAAUAUGGGACUUGGAGGCAGCAAAGCUACUCAGAACAUUUACAGGACACAAAGGAGCUAUUAAGUGUAUGGAUUUCCAUCCAUACGGGGAUUAUUUAACCACAGGCUCUUGUGACAAUAAUAUCAAACUGUGGGAUACAAGGAAAAGAGGCUGUAUUGUGACAUAUUCCAGUCACAGACUUGCUGUAAACAGUUUGCAGUUUAGCCCGGAUGGACAAUGGAUUGCCUCAGCAUGUGAAGAUGGCAUUGUCAAAGUGUGGGAUGUAAGAGUGGGCAAGGUUCUGCAGGAGUUUAGAGAGCACACAGCAGCCGUGACUUGUGUAAAGUUCCACCCCCACGAGUUCCUGCUGGCCAGCUGCGGUAUGGACAGGACUGUCAACUUCUGGGAUAUGGAGAAAUUUCAAUUGGUAUCUAAGUUUGAAAAGGAGAACACUUCUAUUAGGUCUAUGGUGUUCAGUGAGGAUGGCACAACUCUUCUGGGGUGUGGUAAUGACGGAUUGCAUGUGAUUGGCUGGGAGCCCGCUCGAGUGUUUGACACUGUACAUGGCCACUGGGGCCAAAUACAUGACAUCACAGUUGCCCAUACACAACUUAUUGCUGGAUCAUUCCAUUCAACCUAUGUGUGUUUGUCAGUGGUUGAUCUCAAUAAAGUCCAUCCAUUUGGAGGCCCGCCACCAGUGACACCACCUGUAGUUCGAGAUUUGUCACCCUUCCAAAAAGGACAGUCUGUCAGAAAAAGUUUCUCAAAGGAAAAACCAUCUAAAGAAGUGAUCCAUAAGUCAACACCCCUGGAUGAGAAGACCGCCGAGGAGUCUACGUCCGGCACCGAGGCGGACGAGGACGGCGCGGUCAUAUCCAACAUUCAUGACUACACAGAAAUUUUUCGGCCUUCCAGGGCAUUGAAUCGCACGCCACCACCAGCAACUAGUUUAUCCUCUGAAGAUUACUCACUACCAACCGAGGAGUGCGUGGGCAAGGACGGCGCGGGGCUGAGCGCGUCGCUGCGCGACCUGCUGCUGGCCGAGCCGCCGCGCCCCCUGCUGCUGGCCGAGCCGCCGCGCCCCCUGCUGCUGGCCGAGCCGCCGCGCCCCCUGCUGCUGGCCGAGCCGCCGCGCCCCGCGCCCGCGCCGUCGCCGCCGCAGCGCCACCGCGCCGACUACUCGCGCAUACCCACCUCCACUACUGUCAAAGCGGAGUCCUUUUCAAGGUCGGUGGAGAACAACGCUAAAGAGGAUAACACAUUCACAGCGCCGCCUAAGACUGCUUCCCGGGACUAUGUCAUGCCUCAGCCGCACGCCGCCAACUCGCUUAACCGACAUAACUCAUGUAAAGAAUCUAAAUCUACCGACACGUCAACGGGUAACCUAUUAAGAUCCAGCAAUAGUGAAAUGUCAUUAGUACCACCGUCACUGGGACCACGGUCUCUUUCAUUCACCAGGACGUCUUCAGACACAACAAGGCGAAGAGUAGAUAAUAUAGUAAGGGAGACCGUGGUGGUGUCUCGGCCUACAGAGCCGGAUGAGCCGGAGUUCGUGCCCUUUGCCUCAGACAGACCCGUUGGGUUGGACCUCGACGAAUUUUUACCAAGGGCGCUAGCGGUGGGCGGCGCGCGGCGCGGUGUACGCGGCGGGCCCGAGCCCAGCGAGCAGGAGGUGCUGGGCGUCAUGAUGCGCGGACACGACUCCAUGAUGGCCGUGCUCAGCGCCAGGCAGCGGGCGCUGCAGAUAUUCCAUUCAGUUCGAGUCAAUAAAAAUCUGAAAAUUGCCUUAGAAUCAGUAAUCGCUCUGGAGGAUACAUCAGUAAUUUUAGAUAUUUUGAACGUCAUGGCGCAUAAACCGUCACUCUGGAAUUUAGACAUUUGCCUUUUAAUGCUUCCUAAAAUAUACGAAUUGUUGCAGAGCAAAUAUGAAUCGUACAUGCAAUGCGGCUGCAACGCGCUCCGGCUGAUCGUGCGCAACUUCUCGUCCGUGGUGCGCGCCAACGUGUCGGCGCCGGUGCGCACGCUGGGCGUGGACAUCCCGCGCGAGGAGCGCUACGCCAAGUGCGCGCAGAUCCACCGCCUGCUGCUCGACGUGCGCGCCUUCCUGCUCAAGCGGCAGACGCUGCAGGGCCGGCUCGGCGCCGCCUUCCGCGACCUCCACACGCUCAUGCAGCAGGGGCUCGACUGACCGUCGCAACCGCGUCUCGGUUAUAUAACAUGCCAUAGACGAGACCUAUAGUACACGUAUACGGUUGAGCAUAUCGUGGAAAGUAUGUUUACUAUACUUCUUAUGUCUAUACAUACGAUGCAUUUUUAAGUGGCCUUUUAAUUAAGUAUUAAAUUGAUGUAUUUUGUGAAUAUUUCCGGAAAAUGUAUACGCGACUAUACAUUUUUUUCUAUGCUGCCUUUUUGGUUUCCUGACUGGCAAAUAGACCUAAAUAUGUAACAUUUUAGUUUUUGUGUAAGAAACUUAUGAAUAUGAACAGUUUUAUAAGAGAGAGAAACCCUUAUACCCUCUUUGAAAUUAAAAAAAGUAUUAAAUUUGUCAUCAUGGACCCCAGGAAUAUACAUUAAAACGGGCAUAUUUCCAUGUUUGUCUUAAGAUUUAUUCUAACUCAAUUACGGGCUACCGUUUUUAUGCCCACCAGUUGGCGCCACUGUAGAGUGAGGUCCAGAAAAACAAUCGCAAUAUUCUGCUAUGCUAAUUAAAAAUAAUAAUAUGUUCACACAAAGGUAUUUUAAUGUCUAAAUUUGCCUUUUAUAAACCUGUUUAUUUUUGCAUAUAGUUUAGAUGGCUCUUUUUUUAAACCACUAUAAUAUUUCUUCUUCUAAUGUUUACAUUGAUUAAUCGAUCAAGGUUGGAAUUCUGUGCAUUUGACAUUUUGGAAGACCUUCGUCUACACUAGCGCCACUAACGGCCAAAUUAAAGGCGAUAGCCUAGCCCUCAUUGCUUCUUAACUUUAAUUCCGUCCCUCUUUAGUUACAGCGGCCCAUUCGUAAUAAGUAGGUAUUUAGUAUGAUUUUAUAAUUAACAAAUUGAUCUUUAUUUUUUAUCAUGAGACUCAUUAUCGCUACACCUUAUAAAACAAAGUCCCCCGUCGCGUUUGUUUUUUGUACGUAUGUAUGUUUGCGAUAAAUUCAAAAACUAAAUGGAUUUUCAUACGGUUUUCACCUAUCAAUAGAGUGAUUCCUUAGGAAGAUUUAGGUGAGUAAAUUCUUAAGGUUCUACCCAUGUAUUUUAUUAGAUAACUAUACUCGAUUGUAUAAAUUUUGUACUGCAAAGUGUAUCCAUUUUCAGCGCUGGUAUUAUUCUUCUAUCAUCUAUGACUAUCACUCUUUAGUGGGAUGUUUUCAAAACCGACUCAAUUAAGUUUAUAACAUGUACUUAACUCAUUAACUAUGACCAUGACAACAAACAUUCCUAAAUCUGUGCUGUCCUUAGAUCCCGGCACUGAGUUUGUUUUACCACUCCCACCCUGCCAUAGGCGCCCACAACCUGCCUGAGAUACCGGAGCACCCGGUAGAUAGGACUGGAGUGUAGGGUUUGCAGUUGGGAUAGUAGUAGAAACGGGAAAGUUUUAGCCAACUCGAAUAAAUAAGAAUUUUACUAACACCAGCGCUGCUAAUGGAUACACUUUGCAAAAUUUAUACAAUUGAGUAUAGUUAUCUAAUAAAAUACAUCGGUAGAACCUUUAUCAUGAAUUUUAUAGUUUCAAAAUUUUAUACAUUUUUUUAGUCCAAUCAAAUUGAAUUGUGUUAGGUUAGGUACCUUUAUUAGUAUGUAUUAGGACUAUUAGGUACCUAGUAACCUGGCUAUCUUUUAUUUAAAUCUUGUCAGCUAAAUUUAAAAUAUGACUUAGUCUGAGAGAUUAGUUUUGGUUUACUUCAGUGAUUUUGAAGCAAUCUCAUCUAAUGCAACCAUAUCAGGUUCAAGCUCAUUAUGUCUCAAGGUCCACAUUUAAAAUAACACCUACUGUCUAGGCUGUCAAAAUAGCUGCCAACUUCCCUUAACACCUUGAAAAAAAAAUUCAGAAAAUUCCUGGAACGUGAACCCAUGUCUACUUACAACUGAAAUUCCCAUACAAACUAUUAGGGGAAAAUUUGGUCAGGCAGUAAUUUGACAGUUUUUCAUUGGUUUUGUGGUUGCAUUGUGAUUUUGUUCGUUAAAUAAUGUUUAUAUGGCAGUAUAAUAAGAUACACCCUAGUCUAGAGUUGAACCAGGAGAAAAGCAGAUAUGUGUAUUGCUUUAACACUUUUACUUGUUAUACUGUUGGUUCUAUGCUUCUAGGUCAGAUACAGGCAGUACAGUGAACUGCCAUGCCAGAAAAUUGAUGAAUUGAAUAAUACUUACAUCAAUGUUCAUUUUGUUUUAGUAGAUGCAAUAGUUUGUCAUCUAUGUAGGGUAGUUGUACAGAUUACACAUGCAUGUUUUAAUUUAAGUGAUUAGACAUCAAAUGAUAAUUGAAUAGACUGAAUAAUCAUGUAAAAACUUGACAAAAUAAUUAUUUAACUUCCAAGACUAACUAAAUCAACUGAAAUAAAUACCAUUUUCAAUAUC